UUACUAGUACUUUUUUCCUUCUUAGAGCCUCUCAUUUGUUACCAUAAGAGGUAAUAUAUUAAUUAAGGUAAUAUUUAAUUCUACUUCUUACUACUGAUAGCGCUAUGAUCUGCUUCUGUAUUGCACAAUGUGAUUAUAUUAUAUAUGACAUGCAUAAACAAAUGCAAAUUUGUAUCUUCUAAUGAUGUGUGGUGUCAUAAAAUGAAGUGAAUAUUUUGAUACAAUUGUUCAGUGUUGUUUUUUCUUUUAUAGUGGUAUAAACUUUUAUAUAAUCAUAAAUUUGAUAUAAUCUUAAACUAUGUUUUCAGUUAGAAUAUUAACAAUAGAUAGUUAUCAAACAAAUCCUAUUUCUGAUUUGGAUCCAACAUUUUCCGAAUUUCGAGGAAAUGAAAUAAAACGUGUACCUGUGAUUAGAAUAUUUGGCCCAACUUCAACAGGAGAAAAAACAUGUUUGCAUAUACAUGGUGUAUUCCCAUAUAUGUAUGUACCAUGUACCAUAAAGGAAAAUAUAAACAGUUUUAUGCAUCGGUUAAGUUCAUCAAUAGACAAUGCCAUUAAUGUAUCAGCAGGAAAAUCAGCAUGUAGAACUCAACAUGUUUACAAAAUACAAUUAGUUCGUGGAAUUCCUAUUUAUGGAUAUCAUGAAAGGGAACAUCUUUUUUUUAAAAUUUAUUUUUAUACUCCGUCUAUUAUAAAGAAAGUAGCAGAUUUGUUACAAAAUGGUGCAAUAAGCAAUUUGAAAUUACAACCGCAUGAAGCACAUAUUCCAUUUAUUUUACAAUUUAUGAUGGAUUAUAAUUUGUACGGUAUGAAUUUUAUAAAUAUAAAAAGUAUUAGACAUCGCUGGAAUUCACUUUCAACUACUAAAGAAGAAACAAACCAAAUGAAUAAUUUAGAAUCCUAUGAUUCGCAAAAAUAUCUUCCAAUGUCCGUUAAUCGUCAAACUAUAUGUGCUUUAGAAGUAGAUGCGCAAGCCAAUGAUAUAUUAAAUCGACGAGCAAUUGGUAAAGUUAUAGAAUUAAAUCCUGGUCUGGCUGACAUUUGGAAACAGGAAAGAACAAGAAGAUUACAAGCUGGCUUGGAAGAUGUUAAUUCACAGUUAUUGUAUACUAGAAGUUCUGAAAUACGAAUUGUACUACCAACAGUUAAUGAUAAUAAUCAAGAACAACGAAUCCUUCAAAGACUUCAAGAUAUUCUACAGGAGGAUGAGAGUAUAUCUUUAUCAAACUCAACUUUAGAAAUUUCUUAUCCAUUACAAGCACAAGAGGAUGACGAUUCAUUAAAUGCUUCGUGUGUUGUAAACCAUAUUACACCAUCUUCAUCACAAAAAAUAAAUGAAAAAGAACGAACAAAAUUGGAUAACUUGAAAGAUUUAUCUCCAUAUUUUUCAUUAGAAACUCUUUCAACCGAGAACAAUUCUAACAAUACAAGUUCUUUAAACGAAGAUGAUAUGAAUUUAGUGGAAAUGUUAGCUGAUUUAUCAGAAAGCGAUGAUGUUAAAAAAAUUGUAGAUGAUGACAGUAUAUUAGGAUCUCAAUAUUUAGAACAAGAUAAUAAAGUAUUAUCUGAUUGUGAAGAUGAUGAAAAUGAACAGCUAAAUUUAACGAAUUUGGACCUGACUAUACUUAGUCAAAAUCAACCAAAUAAAUUAAUAGAAAAAAUACAAAAAUCAAACGAAGAGAAUAUGCAAACAGAUUGUGAUAAUAAUUUAAGUACAUUAACUUUUCCCCAAUUUGAUGGUGCCAAUGAUUUUGUAGAAAGUCCAAAAUCUAAAAAGAAGAGAAAGACGAGUACAGAAUCUGAUAAAAUUAGUAGCUCAUCAAAAAAAUGUAAGAAAAAGAAAAUUGAACAUGCAGAGCAAUCAUAUAUCGAUGAACCAAAUCUUGAAAUUGCAUCAUCUUCAGCACUUUCUAUUAAAAAUCAUCCAAUUUCCACUACAAUAGAUACAGAUAAAAUAAUUUCGGAUGAAUUAAAAAAGCGUAGUUGUACUUAUAAUUACCAUAAAUAUUCUAUUAAACAAACUGUAAUUGAUAUUGAACAGGAAGAAGAAACAGAUGAUCUUAAAACUCAUAACUGUGAUAGACUUAUAAAAUCUAAGAGUAUGGAUAAUGAAAAUUUACAAAAAGAAAUGCACAAGUCAAAGAUUAAUAAGCAAGAACUACUAAAAAAAAGUCCAAAUUCGCCAAAAACUUAUUCACCAUUAAAUAUUAUUAUUAGUUCUCCUAAAACAUUACAAUCUAUCAAUAAAAAUGUAAUAAAUUCCAAGAUUCCAAAACAAGAUUGUAAAAUACUUCCUAGGAAAUUGGUAUUCUCUGAAUCAGAUGAUCUAAAAUGUAAAAAAAUCAUUAGAAAAUGUAAUGUAACUGAACCUAAAGUAUCUCAAUGUAAUUUAGAUAUCAAAAGUUUAUCUACAGAUCAUCAACAAAAGAAAUCAGAUAUUAGUUAUAAGAGCGACAAAACAGCUUAUUCUAAUUUUCCUACAGAUUUAUCAUUUCAAAUUAAUGAAUUAAAUUUUUCUGAAGGAGAUGCAGAAGAAAAUAUACACAACGUAACAUUUACACAAUAUAUUGAAGAAAAAAUAAGAAAUGAAACUCAAAUUUUUCAGUCCACUUAUUUUGUAAACAAGAACAAUAAAACAAAAAAAGUUUCUAUUACAAUUAUAACGAAGUUUAAUCCGCCUACGCGAGAACGUGUAUUACAAAGUUUAGCAACAUGUGAUAUUUCAAAGAGGACUCGAGCAGAACCAUUUUUUAGUAAUAAGCUUGAUUUAAUGAAGCAAAAAGAAAUGUCAUCUAACACUUUUAAUAUACCAGUGAUUACUUCAUUUAAUUCAAGUUUAGAGGGAAUUACAGGAAUUAAAUUAUGGCGGCGAAUGAAAGUAAAUGAAUUUUAUCCUGCUGGAUCCAACAUAAAGUCAAAUCAUAUGAAAAAAGUCCUCGCGGGUUAUAAUUUAUUGACAAUAAGAACUCUUAUGGAGCCUCCCCAAGUAAAAUCUGUUAAAGCAUGGUUGAAACCGAAGAAUUGCCCGCCUAUAAAAAAUCAACUAAUUGACAACAAUAAUACUUCUACAAAUGGGCAAUCUCCUUCUUCUAGUAAUUCUAAUUCAUUAAAAAAGAACACGUUAGAAAAUACAUUUAAUGAUACAUUAACACACAAGGAUAAGAGAGAAUCACAAUAUCUAGGAAUUUCUCAUGGACAGAUAGAAUAUUCUAUAAAUGAAAAAAUCGGCAAUGCUUCACGUGAAAAUCUUCAAAAUUCUAGGAUUUUAACUAUGCAUCAAUAUAUAACAUUACUUUCUGUGGAAGUACAUAUUCCUACACGUGAAGAUUUUCUACCUAAUCCGCAACAUGACCCUAUAGAAGCAAUUUUUUAUGCUAUUCACAAUGAUAUUCCAAUAUCUUCUGAUGAAAAGCAAAUGGAGUAUGGAACAAUUAUUAUCCGUUCGUCUGGUGAACAACCAAUAAAUUUCGUUAACUCUCACAUUCCUCUUAUUCCAACUUCAAUACAAUAUGUAGAAAGCGAGGUAGAAUUAUUAAAUAAUUUAGUAACAUUAAUUCGUCGCUGUGAUCCUGAUAUAUUAAUUGGUUGGGAAGUGGAAGUUUCAUCUUGGGGCUACAUUUUUCAAAGAGCUUCACGUUUGGGCUUUAAACCAUUUCCUUUAUACAUUUCAAGAACUCCAAAUAUUUCGUCUACUUAUAGUUUUCAAAUGUUCUCUGAAGAUUCAGAAAUAAAAGUACCAGGCCGCAUAUUUCUUAAUAUCUGGAGGAUAAUGAGACAUGAAGUAGCAUUAUCAAGUUAUACAUUUGAAAGUAUUAUGUACAAUGUGAUGAAGGAAAGAGUUUCAUGUCAUAACUAUAAGACAUUAACUAACUGGUGGAAAAAUUCAAAUAUUGCAAUGAAGAGUAGAGUAAUUGACUAUUAUGUUAUUAGAGUUUCCGGAAAUUUAAGAAUUCUUUCUCAAUUAGAUAUUAUUGGUAGAACGAGUGAACAUGCACGACUUUUCGGAAUACAAUUUUAUGAAGUAUUCUCACGAGGUUCUCAAUUUCGCGUUGAAUCGAUGAUGUUGAGACUUGCAAAACCUUUAAAUUUUAUUCCUGUAUCACCUUCUAUACAACAAAGAGCUAAAAUGCGUGCACCAGCAGCAUUACCAUUAAUUAUGGAACCAGAAUCUAAAUUUUAUACAGAUCCAUUGGUAGUUCUUGACUUUCAAAGUUUAUAUCCAAGCAUUAUAAUUGCUUAUAAUUAUUGCUUUUCAACGUGUUUAGGUCGUGUUGAACACUUAGGACAGUCUAUACCAUUUGUAUUUGGCGCAACGACAUUAAAAAUUAAUAGAAAUACUCUUUUAAAGUUGCUAGGAAAAAUGAAUUUUGCGCCCAAUGGUGUAGCUUUUGUUAAAUCUGAAGUACGCAAAGGUAUAUUACCAAGAAUGCUUGCAGAAAUAUUAAAUACUCGUAUAAUGGUAAAGAAUUCGAUGAAACUUCAUUCGUUCGAUAAUCAUAAUCUUCAGCGUAUGCUUCAUUCACAACAGUUAGGUUUAAAGUUGAUAGCAAAUGUUACGUAUGGUUAUACAUCUGCUAAUUUUAGUGGCAGAAUGCCAUGCAUUGAGAUAGGUGACAGUGUUGUUAGCAAAGGAAGGGAAACACUGGAACGUGCUAUAAAAAUAGUGGAAUCUACACCUAAAUGGGGCGCUAAAGUAGUUUAUGGAGAUACAGAUUCUUUAUUUAUUCUUUUACCUGGAAAAUCACGAAAAGAAGCAUUCAAAAUUGGUGCUGACAUGGCGGACACUGUUACAGCUGCUAAUCCACCUCCUAUAAAACUAAAAUUUGAAAAAAUCCUUCAGCCAUCUAUUUUACAAACAAAGAAACGUUAUUGUGGAUAUAUGUACGAAACUUCCGAUCAAAAAAUUCCUGAAUAUUUAGCAAAAGGUAUUGAAACUGUACGUAGAGAUGGAUGUUUUGCUGUUUCAAAGAUUCUUGAAAAGUCAUUGAAAAUAUUAUUUGAUACUUCAGACAUCUCUUUAAUAAAAAAAUACCUUAUUAGACAAUUCAAUAAAAUUUUAUGUAGGCGAGUCUCAAUAGAGGAUUUAACAUUUGCUAAAGAAUUUCGUGGUUUAGAUGGUUAUAAAACCAAUGCUGUUGUCCCAGCAUUAGAAUUAACACGCAGAUUAAUGCGUAAGGAUCCUCGAGCAAUACCUCUUACUGGUGAACGUGUGCGUUAUGUUAUUUCUGCUGGUGCACCAAAUCAAGCACUAAUUCAUUGUGUUCGUACACCAUGGGAAGUAAUGUCCGAUCCUGGUUUAUAUCCAAACUCUAUUUAUUAUAUAACCAAAGUUAUUAUACCGCCUCUAAAUCGGUGUUUUAAUUUAUUUGGCAUUGAUGUUAAUAACUGGUAUCAAGAAAUGUCUCAUCGACAAUCAUUCGAUAAAUUAGACUAUUUAAAUACAAAAAAUCAAAAAUCUACUAUUUGUCAAUUUUUUAAUACAACUGUGUGUAACAUUUGCGGAGAACAGUCCACUAAUGAAAUUUGUUUAGAGUGUAUGGCACAACCUGAUAAAACAAUCCUCACAAUUUACGAAAAAAUAAGAUGGUUUGAACGUACAUAUCAGCAACUUAACGAAAUAUGUUACUCUUGUGUAGGACGACGAGAUAAUCCUGAUUGUACUUCUUUAGAUUGUCCAGUAUUGUAUCGUAUGCACGAAGCUCGCAAAAAUCUUGCACAAGUAUCUUAUCUGGAUAAUCUAAUAAACAAUGGUAUUAAUAAUGUUAAUAUACAUGAUAAAAACGUACCUUCUUCGUAAUGCGAUUUUUACUGGUUUUCCUGAUGAUGAUAAUACUCGUCAGAUAUUAUUGGAUUAUUUGGAUUUCUUUGAAAAGUAAAUAUGUUAAAAUAAAAGAGCUGUUUUGCUAUUUGAUGUUUAUUCUCUUAUUUUUUUUUUUUUUAUCAUAAUACUGUAUAACAUACAAGAAAUGCACAUUAAUGAAACCUACAGAAGAGAAUCUGAAUAUACAUAAACAUUUGUUACUGGUUUUACUUUUCAUGCACUUUUUGUUCAGCUAUCAUAUUAAUUUUUUUUUUGUUACUAACUCAAAGAAUGAUAAUUUUUAUUGAAUACUUUUUAGAUAUAAUAAGAAUAAGUGUAAAUACAUUUGAAUUUAUUUUCAAUGAAUUUCAUUUUUUAGAUUACUUCCUUAGUUAAAGAAUUCAAUUACAAUACAGUACGUUGCGACUAUAUAGAGUUCGUGUGAAGAACAUAUUACUAAACUUAAUUUAUAAUCAAACGAAAUAAAUACACUACUUUCAUGACUUUCUAUUUCAUUAUAAGUACUAAUGCUUACGCCGAAAUUUGAAGAUGAUUUAUAUUCAAACUCACAUUCCUUUUUAUCUUUUUUCUGUUUUUUUUUCUUUUCUUUUUUUAUUAAACAUUUUCACUUCCUUUCGUAAAACAUUAUCAAAUAUAAAGAAAUGUAGUAUCAUUGAUAGUUAUUAUUUGCAAUAUUAAUAAUUAUAAAGGAAUAAAUUUACUGUUUUUUAAAUAUUACAUUUUUUGUUACCUAAAAAACAACAUACCACGCACAUUAUUAUAUCUAUUCGAAGUGUCAGAAUGAUUAUGAAAAAUUAGUAAUGAACUUGCGUUUUAUAAUAUUGAGCGCGUACUAUCUUUCAAUAUUGCAAAGUUUAUCGCGAAAAUUAUUAUGAAAAGCACCACCUUCUGGCUAAAAGUAUGAAAAGAAAAUGAGAAGACGCGUGAGUUAUGAAUUUUUUAAAUAAAAUAUUGAAUUAAUUUUCUGCUUGUCACAUUAUUUAGAUCUCAUUGUACAAUUACAUUCUCACUUGAAUGUUUUAAUAUGUUAAUAUUAAACAACAUCAACGAUACGCUUUGUAUCUUACAUACGACACCUAUAUUGUUUUCAAUUCAAGUUCGAAAAUAUUAUUUGCAAAGAAUAUAUAAGUCGAGAAUAUAAAAUCUAAACCACGAGCGUAUAUGUGUAGUGUCAAUGUUGCUUUUUAUAUAUAUAUGCUUGUAUAUUUAAGAAAGUAUGUUAGAUCCAUAAUUAUUACAAAUUUUGCAAUUUUUACGUAAAAUUACUUGAAACUUACAACAGAGUGAAAAUAAUGCUCAUGACGUGCAAGUCGUUGUUGGCCAUAAUUUUAUUUUCGCCAAUCUAUGAUAUAUACGGAUUUACUUUCUUUCUUUCUUAUUUUUUUUUUAAAUAUUAUUAUUAUUAUAAUAAUUAUCAUCAGCAGCGCUUAGACCAUGUUAUUUCAAUACAUAAAUAAUAAUUUCAUUUAAUAUAAUGUACAUUUAUUGACUACAUUAACAAAUAUUUGGAAUUGAUAUCGUUUAUUAUCCAUGGAUUGGCGCAUAAUUAACAUUGAUUGAUUAGUAUUGUACCUUACAUAUUAGAAAGUUAUUUCAAUGUAUCCAAAUAUUAUUAAAUAAUAUUUGAAAGUGAACCUCAUUAACAUAAGAGUGAAUUUAACAACAAAUGUUUGUGACACGUUUUCGUAAAAACGGAUUAAUCUAUCAAACUUAUUGGACAAAAACAAACAGGAAAAGUUAUAGCUUGAACAAAGAACGAAGUUACUAACUUUUCGAUAUAAUUUUAUGGCGGAAUGUGUUUUGUACGAUAUAUUUGUAAAUUACUAUUUAAAUAUAUCAUGUCAUUUCGCUCAAGAAAAAAAAAGAGAGAAAAAAAAACAAGAAAAAUCAUAAUAUUUAGAAAAUUGGAAUAAAAUGUAAGACAAAGAAAAGCAAUAACACCAUAUAAAUUUACAAAAAUAUCUUCCACGCAUUUUUUUUUAACUAAAUAAGACGUACAUACUGUUUUAAAAUUGUUUACCGUUUCAAAAUCACCUAAGAUGUGGAAUUUGCGUUAAAUU